AUGUUGCCUCUGGCUGGACUUAGACGGUUCCUCGCAUCACAUACCGAAAUGUCUUCAGCAAGAAAUCAGCCAAGUCAAGACUUUCCCGCCGUGCCAUCAACUCUCAACGCUGGUGACAAUGAGCUGCGAGACUGGCCGCCCAACUAUUCCGCUCCUCCCAAUACCACGCCCUACUACACGCCAUACCUAGGUCUUCGAGCACGCUUAUCGCAAAUAUGGAUCAAUCGGUGGACAGUCCUCCUUAUCCUUAUCAUUUGUCGACUCCUCCUUGCCACCAAGGAUCUUGACCAUGACAUUACCAGCGCCAAGUCAGAAGCAUUAUCAGCAUGCACGAGCGUGGAGAAGGUCGGCAGCGCGAUGGCAUCCAUGCCUCAUUACCUCUCCGAGGGUGUGAACGCUCUCGCUGCUGACGGAGUCACGAGCGCAGUAAACGGAUUAAUGAGCAUGCUUCUCUUGUCUGUCACUGCCGUGGAAGAAAUUGUUCUCUUUGUCAUUCAUAUGAUGACCUCUACCUACCUGUGCCUUGUCACUUUGGCUGUCUCUGGAAGCUUACACGUCGCUCUCGAUCUGAUCGAAAAAGUUGGUGACUUCGUCAACAAGACUAUUGGCGAUAUCACCAGCGGCAUGACAAGUGAGAUCGGAGACUUCGAGAAGGGCUUCAACUCAUUCCUCAGCGACAUCAACAUUGGCGGUAUCUUUGGGAGCUCUACAGACCCUCCGAAGAUCGAUCUGACUUCUUCCAUUGACAAAUUGAACUCCAUUAAGCUCGAUACGAAUGCCCUGGAUGGAGACCUCGCCAAGCUCAAUGCUUCAAUCCCCAAUUUCGAGCAAGUUCAAAACUUCACCGACAACGUUAUCCGCUUUCCAUUCCAGGAGGUCAAGAAGCUCAUGAACGAAUCCAUGGUCGCAUACAAAUUCGACAAGUCCGUCUUCCCGGUCGCGCAAAAGGAAGCUUUGACAUUCUGCUCUGACAGUCCCGCCAUCGACAACUUCUUUGACGGCCUCAUUAAGGUUGUCAAGAAGUCCAAGAUUAUCUUUCUUGCAGUUCUUUCGAUCCUGGCUGUUGCCGUCUGCAUCCCAAUGGCUUACAGAGAGAUCUGGAGAUGGCGACAAAUGCAACAGCGAUCUAUCAUGCUCCAGAAGAAUGCAUUCGAUCCCCUGGAUGUCAUCUACAUCGCCUCGAGACCUUACACGACAACUGCUGGUAUCAAGCUAUCCUCAAAGUUCAGUUCGACCAAGCGUCAGGUCCUCGCGCGCUGGUUCGUUGCGUACGCCACAACUCUUCCAGCAUUGUUCGUCCUUGCCCUUGGCUUCGCUGGUCUUUUCAGCUGUCUCUGUCAAUACAUCGUCCUCAAAGUUGUGGAGAGGGAAGUACCUGCCCUUGCAACCGAGGUGGGUAAUUUCACUGGUACCGUGGUGCUAGCACUCAACAACGCUUCUACCGCCUGGUCAAGAUCUGCCAACGAAGUAAUCGCAAGCACCAACAAGGAGAUCAAUAGCGAUGUUUUCGGCUGGGUCAAUACUACAACAUCCGCCGUGAAUGGUACCCUCAACACCUUCACGGAUGAGAUGGGCAAGGCCUUGAACACAACCUUUGGCGGUACCAUUCUCUACGACCCCAUCAAGGAAGUCCUCAACUGCUUGAUUGGGCUCAAGAUCGCCGGUAUCCAAAAGGGUCUUACCUGGGUUUCAGACCACGCCCACGUCGACUUCCCUCUCUUCCAACCAGACGUCUUCUCCCUCGGCGCAGCCGCAAGCGUAGCAUCAGACUCCGACUCCACCGACUCCUUCCUCUCCUCCCCCGGCAGCGUAGCAAGCGACGACAUCACCAGCGCCGUCCUCAAAGUCUCGCUCAAGCUCCAAGAAGCCAUCAAGGAAGAAGCCUUCAUCUCACUCGCCCUCAUCGGCGUCUACGUCCUCAUCGUUCUCAUCGGCCUUGGUCGCGUGCUUUUCGGCCUUCUAGGCCGUGACAAGACCCGAGCUGAAGGCGGGCCGAGUUUCACCGGCGACAACAGAGCGCUUAUGUCCCCUCGCUCCCCGAAUAGAGGUGACAUGAGCAAGUUCCCGGCUUUCGGCGCGCCCGUUAGCUCGAUAUAUCCUACGAAGAGUAACGGAGAAUUGUACCGGACAGACGAGCCACAGAAAGAGAAGUUUGGCGCUGUGGGCUAUCGAAGUGUGGAAGAUAGUGUCAAGCCUGGCCACGAGAGAGUGAGUAGCUACGGGCUCAUGGAUGGGAAGCACUGA